CAUUCUCCUCUCUGCCGAAACGGCUUCUUCAGCAGCAAGAUUAUCCAUCAGGAAUAGAAUAAAGUUAUACAUAAAAAAGAAAGAAUCAAUUCAAAAACAGUAUUCUAAGAUUAUUAAACCCAAAAGGAAUAUCAAAUUACAGCUUGGCUAUCCCUUUACAUAAAUGCUAUCCCUUCACAUAAAAAGAAACAGCUUUCUCCUCCCAAGAACAGACCAAAAUAACAGGAACUCUCUCUGCAGAAAAUAAAAAAUGGGUUGUUUCAAGUCAAGAAGUUCCAAAGCAAACUCUACCAUGAAAGCUGAAGCUACUUUUUCAUCACAACAAGAAAACCCAGAACCCAAAAAUCUAAAACAAGAACUUCUUUUGCAAAUCCCAGAAUGCACAGUUCAUCUAAUGGAAGGAGGAGAAGCUGUUGAACUUGCUACUGGUGAGUUCAAUCUAUUUAGAAUCUUGGACGAGAGUAUUUCUCUUGCUACAAUUGUGAAAGUUGGUGAUCUUCAGUGGCCUCUGACAAAAGAUGAACCAGUUGUUAAGCUUGAUUCUUUACACUAUCUAUUCUCUUUGCCCAUGUUCGAUGGUGAUCCAUUAAGUUAUGGGGUCACCUUCUUGGAACAUCAUAUUAGCAAAUUGAGUUUGUUGGAUUCUUUUCUUUCUGAGCAUUCUUGCUUUUCCGAGUCGGCUUCAUUAUCAACUGCUGCAAGAAGUAGAAAAAAUAAUCUUGACUGGAAAGAGUUUGCUCCAAGUGUCGAAGAUUACAAUAAUGUUUUAGCUAAAGCUAUUGCUGGAGGAACUGGUCAGAUCGUCAAGGGAAUCUUCAAAUGCAGCAAUGCUUACACUAAUCAGGUCCAUAAAGGUGGAGAAAUGAUUCUAACUCGUGCUGCAGAGGAGAAAAAUGGUGCCAAAGCUAAUGAAAUUAGCAGCAACACGAGUACCGGGGCCACACAGAGGAGUAAAGUCAACAAAAGCUUAAAACGUGUGAGAAAGCUGUCCAAGAUGACAGAAAAGCUGAGUAAAACAAUGCUUGACGGUGUUGGCAUUGCUACUGGUUCAGUGAUGGCUCCUUUAGUGAAAUCACAAGCCGGGAAGGCAUUUUUAUCCAUGGUACCAGGAGAAGUACUCUUGGCUUCACUUGAUGCUGUCAACAAGAUCUUAGAUGCAGCUGAAGCUGCUGAAAAACAAACUCUAUCUGCAACUUCAAAGGCUACAACCAGAAUGGUCAGUAAUAGGUUUGGUGAAAGUGCAGGGCAGGCUACUGAGGAUGUGUUUGCAACAGCAGGGCACUGUGCUAGCACUGCUUGGAAUAUAUUCAAGAUAAGAAAGGCUAUUAAUCCUGCAUCAUCUGUAUCUGCAGGAAUGCUUAGGACUGCGGCUCAGACCAGAAAUAGGAAGUCACAAGCGAGUUAAUAUGUUCUGAAGAUGUUGAAAAUUUGACACAAAUGCCUUUGGUUAUAUAUAGUUUGCUAUUUCUUGUUAGCAUUUUGCGUAAAAUGCAUGAAAUCAGCAAGCCACCAGGGCUUGCAAUUUGGAACUGUUCAUUUGAUUUACAUAUAACAAUGUAAACCUAACUCUUCGCAAGGUCUUAAAGACCCAUUCUCCGGUACGUCGAUGGAACCAGCCAGCUUACACAUAAUGGAGACCAUUGGCGUUGCUCCUUGGAAGAUUUAAA